AACUCUGACGUUGACGGACAACACGACUGUCGGAGAUAAAGUUAGCCGUUGCUGUAGCUGGAUGUGGACAACAUUACAGUGAUAUUUCUCUUUAUUUACCGCCUGAGUUUGCUUGUUGGACCGUUUUUCUACAUUUUGUUUCCCGCUGGACUGACUCUCCACAUGGCAUCUCUAGUCUGCACCUUGCAACACCAUCAAGAUGAUGUCAACUGGUGUGCCUUCUCAGGAAAACUGUUAGCCACAUGUUCUGGCGAUAAAACUCUCAGGAUAUACAACACCAAUGACUUCUCAGAGCUGCCUUUCUCACCGCUGUCAGGCCACGGCUACAGCGUCCACUGCUGCUGCUUCAGCACCUGCGGUCAGUUUCUUGUCUCAUGCUCAACAGAUGCCACCAUGGUGGUCUGGUCUAUGGUCACAGGAGAGAUCGAGGCCGUCCUGGAGCAUCCUGGUCGCAGCCCCGUCAGGAUCUGUGCGCUCUCUCCUGACUCUAUUCACCUGGUUUCUGGUGCAUCUGAUGGCACUUUGGCUCUCUGGGAUUUUCCCUCCAAACAGCUGCGCAGGACGGGGGCAGUGGAUGACACCACGAUGGUCGCCUGCUCCUUCAGCCCCUGCAGUCAGAUGUUCAUGACCGGAUCCACCUAUGGAGACCUGCGUCUGUGGGACCUGAACAUGAACCAGCUCCACGCAGAGAAGAACGCCCACGACCUGGGGGUCUCCUGCUGCACCUUUGCUCCCUCCAUCCUCAGUGGUGGUGAAGUUGUGCAGUUUCAUCUGGCAUCCUGUGGACAAGACAGUCACCUGAAGAUAUGGGCCAUCAACAAGUUCAGUUCAGGAGCCUACAAGAUGCAGCUCCUGCACACAUUCGUUUACCACUCGGCUCCAGUUCUCUCCUGUGCGUACUCCUCAGAUGGACAACUGCUUGUGGCUGGCUCUGUGGACAAAACUGUUACAAUCUAUGACGCUAAAAAUGCUGUUUUGCUUUACACACUGAGCCAGCACAAGAGGUACGUGACAGCAUGUGCCUUCUCUCCAACGUCACCACUAAUUGCUACAGGAUCCAUGGAUAAGACCGUAAACAUCUGGUGGCUGGAGGACGGAUGCAGCAGGAGCGGCGGGAAGUCGUUUCCUGCGGAAUCUGCUCAGACCACAAGUGAAGGGAGAGCCUCGGCAGGCCGAUCGAAGCUGCUGGUCGGUGAUUGGUCGGAGGACGACGUGUCAGAGUGGCUGCUGGAGGAAGGCCUCGAGGGAUUGGUGGGCAAAUUCAAGGCCAACAACAUAGAUGGGACAGAGCUGCUCAGUCUCACCAAGGAAACGCUGGCGUCAGAGCUGCACAUAGAGUCAGUAGGCCUCCGCAGUAAACUCCUGAGGAAGGUGGAAGAACUGAAGAAUGAUUCAGUGUGUUCAGGCAUUCCUGAUGAGUUCCUGUGUCCAAUCACCAGAGAGCUGAUGAGGGAGCCAGUUAUUGCGGCUGAUGGCUACUCAUAUGAAAGAGAGGCCAUCGAGAGCUGGAUCAACACCAAGAACCGCUCCAGCCCCAUGACCAACCUCCCCUUGCUGACGACUCUGCUCACCCCUAACCACACUCUGAAGAUGGCCAUCGGCCGCUGGAAGACGAGCCACUAGCGUCUGAAAGACCCCUGCUGUGUAUCUGAUUUUUUCUGAUGGUGGGUUUUUUAAUUAAUUUUUUUUUUGUAUCACUCAUUUAUAAAGCCGCAUUAAGCAAUUUUUGAACUCCAAGGAGCAGAAAGACAAACUUGCAUAAUCUUACAUAAUCUUCAACAUAUUCUUCUGGCCAACGUACUGGUUAUCAGUUAUCUGCUCACACACACAGCAGAGUGAGAAAAGAGCAAUAUGGGCGUCCCAGUUUUGGCCACUUCAAGAAUACAAGUUUGUGAUUCACUUUAGUCCUGGGCUGUGGUUUAGUAGUAGUUGUGCUUGCGCAGGCUUUUAACUGAAUGAAAUCACAGGACUGAAAGGAGAUAAUGCCGUUGGAUUCUCUUAGCACCGUGGCUGCCUUCACCUCAGUCCUUUUGAAGUUUUCUCAACAUCUUUCCUUGACCUCGUGAAGUUUUUAAGAAAACACAUAGGAUGUAACUUUUUUUUGACCAUCUGACCGCCACCCUGGUUUGGUCUGCUGCCUUCACAGGAAAGAAAAUAUCUUGGUCCUAAACCCUCGACUUUCCUCAACAAUCACUCGUUGACUUUAUACACGGCUCAUUUAAGCAAGACAGAGAUCAUUCAUACAGUACAAAAUGUCUGUAACACUGUAGCCUCAUUUCUAACGAUCACCUUGCCAUUGCUUUGUAUUGGUAACAGGUGGUUAUUUCAUUACCUAUGUAUAUAUAUAAUUUUAUUUUAUUUAUUUUUUUAAUUUUUACCAACAAUGAUCAAACAGAAAACUAGAAAUUAAACAAUAUGGUUCAUCAUAAAAAGUUGAUUGAGAGGCUUUCUCUACCAGCUGUAGUACUUCAAAAUGUUUUUUACUGACUAAACCGAUAAACUGCGAGCUGUAAGAGUUUGAAAGCUGCAUAAAGCAACAGACUGGGUUAUUGAUUUGCGGUUGGAUGAGCAGCACUAACAAGCCCUUCACAUAUACAGUGCCAAUGCUCACCGUGGAAAUAUUGCUUAAUGGAGCUUAAUUUAAAUACGCUAUUUGCACCAUCUGUAUGUAAGCAUUACAUAUGUGUGUUUUAUUUAGAAACUGCAGGACCUUGCGCAUUACAAACCCUAUGGGAAUAGUGCUUGGCUAUAGUAGUUUAACAUGUACUUCCCCACAUGAGCUAACAUCCAGCUUUUAUUGAAGUACAUGACACUAACGAAGAGAUUUCUGUAAUUUGCGAAACUGCAAUGUCCACAGUUUUAUACAAGUACUUUAUUUUAAUGGCUUGCUUAAAUACCGUGUUGUGUCGUGAAAGGACGAGACCUUUUAUCCAUCCAUACACACUCCAAAGCUUAAGCAACAUUUUAUGGAUUAUACUGUGAAAGAAGUAGAUGUAGAAAUGUAGUCCUCCAUUAAUAUUUUAUUAUACCACAGUAGUAUUGUGGUAACAUUCUGUAUACCAUAGUAUGAAUCUGAAAAGGGUAUAUGACAACUAUGGACAUACAGCAAUGUAGUAAGUCUCUUAAGUUUUUUUUUUUCUUUUUUCUUUUUGUUUUUCAUAUCCUACACUUUGUAAAUACUCUCUCUGUGUCCAAAUAAAUCAAUAAACACUUCAUAAGAACA